GUAUGGAAUCGACUCGUCCGGAGCGUAGACGUCCGCGCAGAUCGAGAUUUGGCUGCCGGAAUUGCAAGCUCCGAAAAUUGAAGUGCGACGAGGGAAAACCGCACUGCAAAAGAUGCAGUUCUUUCGGGAUACUAUGCAAUUAUACGUGGAAUAUUCCAGACCUUCAACCUAUAGUGUCUGGCUCAGGGAGACCACUGGUGGUCCAGCCCCCUGUCACCAGUGCUGUCUGGACGUCCGACGAAUCUACUUCAUUUCAAUACCAAUUGAAUGCGAAAUGUCAAGACUUCAUCACCCGAUAUCUAGGAAACAGUCUCGUCAGCACCACCCCAGGUGAUGUUAAUAUGGUACAUGUUAAUCGCAAACUCCUGGGACUGGCAUUCACUUAUCCUUAUUUAAUGCACGCCUCCCUAGCCGUGGCAUUUUCAUAUGAUCGUCAUCUACACGGCUCACUAGGCUCCCGUCGCAGUCUAGAAGAAUGCUACCACUGGUCCCAAAGCACAACCCUUCUCAACAGGCGGUUAAGGAAACCAAUCAAAGAAGAAGACAAGGAUCCAAUCUGGGGAACUGUAGCUGCCCUAGCUGUCUUGUCCUUUUCAUCACCCGACGCGCGCACACCCGAAGAAUCAUGGCCCUUGAACUCCUCUAACCAGUCCGAUCUGAACUGGGUAUACAUGGGCAAGGGCAAAAUGUCCCUAUGGGAUAUCGUGAACCCACUACGACCGAACAGCAUUUUCCGCAUCAUGGCAGCAACCUUUGCUCAAAUGAACCUACCCUUACCAGAACGUGGCAUAGAGGGUAUACCAGCCCCCCUAGCCGCCGCUUGUCUCCUAGAAGACUCCCCUUCUACAACACAAAACGAUAAUCCCUAUUUCGACGCUGCACACGCCGUGUCCCACAUCCUGCACCUCCCAGAUAGCGAGGUCACAACCGGCCAAACCCAGCUUUUCACGCGCGCCAUCCAUGGCUCUUUCGAGGAUCUGCUCCGGAAUAAAGACCCUGUGGCGCUUUUGUUGCUGUAUCUGUGGUAUCGCAAGACGAGCCGCAGUAUCUGGUGGAUUGAGCUUAGAGCUAGGGUUGAAUGUCCUUCUAUCUGCAAAUAUCUACGGACAUAUCAUGGAGGGAAUGCUGCUGUGCAGGCAUUUCUUCCGGGGGGUACUCUUGCUGAUAGAUGGGAUCGUUAAUAACUGCGACGGAUUAUACGAUACCACUACUCCUGUGAGAAAAGGACUCGACGAUAACGAAAACAAUAACGAAACUUGAAAGUUUCCACUAUAGCCUCACGACAAGGAUGCCUACUCGUACAACCCCGCCAACUCCCUAGACUCUACGGCCGAUGAUGGUGACAAGCCAAGCUGCAGUGUUGACUAUAUAUAUCAACCUAUCUUUAAUUGAUACUUCACUACCCUACUGCUGCUUUCUCUCCAUGUACUUGGACUCGGGAGUACAGUGGGGUAUUUUGAGUUUACUAGUGGCAAGUGGACCCGAUUGGCUGUUGUGAAACAUGAUUGGUUGGAUCCAGCCAACUGUAUAUGAGAGAUGUACAAA